GUUUGCUUCUAAUAUCAAUUACUGUAGCGGCCAGCGUCAGUCGUAGACGGCUUCGUGUAACAUUGCGAUCUCACAGCUUUGCAUAAGGGCUAUCGUUUGCUGUGGUUUACUUUGUGUGUUUUGUACUAGAGGGCGAACAGAUAUUGUGUUACUUAACUAGCGAUGUAUAGACCCUGACUCACGCCGGCGGGAUUGCUUUUACUGCCAUGGCCUCCACAACACUAGUUGCAGUGGGUGGCAAGGGCACAAAUCCGAAGACAACACUGUACGUUGGUGGCUUGGAGGAGGGCGUCAACGAAGCAGCACUCCACGCAGCUUUCCUGCCUUUUGGAGAGAUUAAGGAGGUGAACAUCCCCAUUGACCACGCAACGGGAACGCACAGAGGCUUUGGGUUCGUAGAGUAUGAGGAGAAGGAGGACGCAGCGGCUGCGAUCGACAACAUGCAUAAUGCGGAGUUCUAUGGGAGAGUACUAAAGGUCAACUAUGCCCAGCCAAUGAAAAUUAAGGGCGGUGACAAGGGCUGGAGCCACUUACCCGUCUGGGCUGACACAGACCGGUACAUUGAGGAGCUUGCUGCAGAGAACGAGCUGGACGAGUACGAGAAGGAGCAGCGCAAGCAGCAAGCCAAGGAGGCCGCAGCGGCAGCAGCAGGGGAGGGCAGCGGGGCAGCGCCGGCGGUGGAUGCAGCGGCGUCCUAAGGCGGCGGGCUGGAGGGAGCGCAUUGAGGAAGGACCAGCGUUCCGAAAGCCCCACAUGUGCUAUCCUUGAGAGCUACGUGCUUGUAGCGGUGUGGGGUGGUGGUGAUGGGGCCUGUUGUAGCUACAGGUACCAGCUCGCACGCAGCACAGCGCACUUAGCCGCUUCAGCCCUGCUUGCUUGUGCGCUGGACGCGGGUCCGAUCCCGCGAAUGGAGCAGGGGCAGCAGCAGCGGGGGCCUUGUGCUGGGACGGCUAUGAGGUUGUUGGGGCACGUGUAGCGGGUGGGGGGCACCACGUGCGGCUCACAAGGGAGGCCGUAGGGGACGCAUCGCAAGGAUGACUUGAGAUAGGGGCCAUGUGUUCAAGGACAUGGGCAACCCCUGAUGCUACCGUGUUCACGCUGGGGUAAGGCGACAAGGCGUCCGCAGAUGGCGGCUGUGGAAACGGUUUCGGAAAACCUUUUUAAUCUGUCUUCCGGGGGUUGAGUUGGAUGCAUGUAUGAACCCCUCGGACAACUUCGUACGAGUAUACCGUAGAGGUACCACAACUGAUGGCGCCAAGCAUGUGCGCAUGGGAAGGGGGCUGAUGCAUGAUGAUGGCGGUUGGGCUCUGCUGGGGUCGCUGCGGCUGCGUGCCCAGCUUGGCUUGGCUUAACGGCCCCUUGUACUCUGGAGGCAUAUGACUGCCAGGGGCGGUGGAAGAUGGGAGCAGAAGACGGGCUGCUACUUGUUGCGAGUAUGGGUGUGGAUAAGGAAAAAGAGCGGGUGGACAUGAGCGUUGGUUUACAUGUGCAUCUUCUCAGACGUUUACAGUCCAGUAUGCGCAGAAAGUGGCUGCUACGGGCUGUUGCAGCCGCGGAGGUGGCGGGGUGGCAUCGACAGCUGUGGGAGUUGUGGGCUUAUGCCCCUGUUGCUGCAGGCGCCCCAAGCAGCGAAAGGAGGUAUGUAACCACCACCAAACCGGCAACGACUCCCAACCACCAUCUGGAUAUGUCAAACACAUAGGACCCUAGCAGGGACAAUCGCGGCCAACGACCCAAACAACAACAUCAACAGCAUCAACCAG